GCUCUACGCGGGCCAAGCUCUUCGGCUGUGGGGGAGACGCAUCGGAGCUUAGAUCGCGACCGAGAGCGGGAGCUAAGAGGGCGGCGGUGGCGAAGGGGGAGCCCGAGAGCUGCUGGGCGGAGAGCCCAAGCCGCGCUGUCGCCGCGCUGGGACGACUUGGCCAACACACACACACACACACAUACACACACACAUAGAGCACACACAGCCCGAGCGGGCGCUCGCGGCGAACCGUCAACAUGGCGCUGGGGCUCUUGCCCGAGCGCGGGCGGCAGCGGCGACGCGAGAGCUGCUGAGUCUGGCCGAGCCCAGUCUAGCUGCGGGAUCCGACGAUUGAGCAGGGCCGUCGCCACCUGCCUGGAGGGUCCGAUCUCCCCCCACCCCCACGAGGCCCAGAACCCACCCCUCCACCAGGCCGACCGUGAGGGCGGCUGGCUGGCUGCAGACGGAGAGGGAGGCGAGCGAGCGCGGUGCCGAGAGCUGGCUGCGGGCAGCCGGGCACGGCAAACUUUGCUGUUCGUUGCGCUUCACCGGCCUGGCUCCUUUGCUGGUUAAUGUAGCCACCCCUCCUCAACCCCGCACACCUCUCCCCACCCAACCAGCCGCCCUCCGCUCCUUUUCGCCGCCCGGACUCCGCUCGGGGGGAAAACUUCAAAGCGCUGGAUUGCAGGCUCCCUGCCUACUUCUCGACUGGGGAUUUCAGACUAGACGCUUGAAGUGAAGCUGCCAUCCAAGAAGACGACAUGCUUUCAGCAACCCCCCUGUAUGGGAAUGUUCACAGCUGGAUGAACAGUGAGAGGGUCCGCAUGUGUGGGACAAGCGAAGACAGGAAAAUUCCUGUGAAUGAUGGUGACACUUCAAAAGCCAGACUGGAACUGAGGGAGGAGAAUCCCUUGAAUCACAACGUGGUGGACGCGAGUGCCGCGCAUCGGAUUGAUGGCCUGACAGCACUGAGCAUGGACCGCACUGGCCUCAUCCGGGAGGGGCUCCGGGUCCCUGGAAACAUCGUCUAUUCUGGCUUAUGUGGACUGGGCUCAGAGAAAGGUCGGGAGGCUGCCACGAACACUCUGAGUGGCCUUGGGUUUUCUUCAGAAAGAAAUCCAGAGAUGCAGUUCAAACCGAAUACGCCUGAGACAGUGGAGGCUCCUACUGUCUCUGGAAAGCCCCCAAAUGGCUUCAGUGCUAUAUACAAAACACCUCCUGGAAUACAAAAAAGUUCUGUAGCCACAGCGGAUAGCCUGGGCUUGGACAGACCUGCUAGCGACAAACAGAGCCCUCUCAACAUCAAUGGUGCUAGUUACCUGCGGCUGCCCUGGGUUAACCCCUACAUGGAGGGGGCCACACCAGCCAUCUACCCUUUCCUCGACUCGCCAAAUAAGUAUUCACUGAACAUGUACAAGGCCUUGCUACCUCAGCAGUCCUACAGCUUGGCUCAGCCACUGUAUUCUCCGGUCUGCACCAACGGGGAGCGCUUUCUCUAUCUCCCGCCCCCACACUAUGUCAGCCCCCACAUCCCCUCAUCCUUGGCUUCACCCAUGAGGCUCUCCACACCUUCAGCCUCCCCAGCCAUCCCACCUCUCGUCCACUGCGCAGACAAAAGCCUCCCAUGGAAGAUGGGAGUUAGCCCUGGGAACCCUGUUGAUUCCCACACCUAUCCCCACAUCCAGAACAGUAAACAGCCUAGGGUGCCCUCUGCCAAGGCAGUCACCAGCGGCCUGCCAGGGGACACAGCUCUCCUGUUGCCCCCAUCACCUCGGCCGUCACCCCGUGUCCAUCUUCCCACUCAGCCCACUGUAGAUACCUACUCUGAGUUCCACAAGCACUAUCCCAGGAUCUCCACCUCGCCCUCAGUCACCCUGACGAAGCCAUACAUGACAGUCAGCAGCGAGUUCCCCACAGCCAGGCUUUCCAAUGGCAAGUAUCCGAAGGCUCCAGAGGGGGGUGACGGUGCCCAGCCUGUGUCCGGCCAUACCCGGAAGACAUCAGUUCAAGACAGAAAAGAUGGGGGCUCACCUCCUCUGCUGGAGAAGCAGAGCGUUACCAAAGACGUCACAGAUAAACCACUAGACUUGUCUGCUAAAGUGGUAGAUGUAGACGCUUCCAAAGCUGACCACAUGAAAAAGAUGGCUCCCACCGUCCUGGUUCACAGCAGGGCUGGAAGUGGGUUAGUGCUCUCCGGAAGUGAAAUUCCAAAAGAAACAUUAUCUCCUCCAGGAAAUGGCUGUGCUAUCUAUAGAUCUGAAAUCAUCAGCACUGCUCCCUCAUCCUGGGUGGUGCCUGGGCCAAGUCCUAAUGAAGAGAACAAUGGCAAGAGCAUGUCACUGAAAAACAAGGCAUUGGACUGGGCAAUACCGCAGCAGCGGAGUUCAUCGUGUCCCCGCAUGGGUGGCACAGACACUGUGAUCACUAAUGUUUCGGGGUCAGUGUCGAGUGUGGGUCGCCCGGCCUCUGCAUCACCAGCCCCCAAUGCCAAUGCAGAUGGCACCAAGACCAGCAGGAGCUCCGUGGAUACCACACCAUCCGUCAUCCAGCACGUGGGCCAGCCCCCAACCACGCCUGCCAAGCACAGUGGCAGCACCAGCAGCAAGGGAGCCAAAGCCAGCAACCCAGAAUCGAGUUUCAAAGCGAACGAGAAUGGCCUCCCGCCAAGCUCAAUAUUUCUAUCUCCAAAUGAAGCAUUCAGGUCCCCACCAAUUCCCUACCCAAGGAGUUACCUUCCUUACCCAGCGCCAGAAGGCAUUGCUCUAAGUCCCCUCUCUUUACAUGGAAAAGGACCUGUGUACCCUCAUCCAGUUCUGUUACCCAAUGGCAGUCUGUUUCCUGGGCACCUUGGCCCCAAGCCUGGCCUGCCCUAUGGACUGCCUACCGGCCGGCCAGAGUUUGUGACCUACCAAGAUGCUCUGGGCUUGGGCAUGGUACAUCCCAUGUUGAUUCCCCACACGCCCAUGGAAAUCACUAAAGAAGAGAAGCCAGAGAGGCGGUCCCGGUCUCACGAGAGAGCCCGUUAUGAGGAGCCAACCCUUCGCAAUCGCUUUUCUGAGAUGUUGGAAGCCAGCAGCACCAAACUACAUCCAGAAGUCCCCGCCGACAAGAACCUGAAGCCAAAUCCCAGCUGGAGUCAAGGGAAGACUAUUGUCAAAAGCGACAAACUUGUCUACGUAGACCUGCGGGAAGAAGCAGAUGCGAAAUCCGAGGCAGGAGCACCCAAACCCAGCCUGGCAGCCGAGAGCGGGGGUCAGGGUGCGGAGCCCGCCAAGCCCCCCGCUGAGCCAGCACCGCAGCAACGCCGUGAGUUCAUCUCUCUCCGAGAGGAGUUGGGGCGCAUUAAUGACUUCCACGAAUCUUACGCUUUCAAACAGGCUCCGGGCCAGCCAGUGUUUGGCUUAGGCAAGGACAGUGUUGCGGCAGCAACCAAUAAAGAGAACGUAGGGAUGCCAGUGGCGACUCCAUUCCUCGAACCAACUCUGGGCAGUGAUGGUCCUGCCGUGACUUUUGGUAAAACCCAAGAGGAUCCCAAAUCAUUUUGUGUGGGCAGUGCCCCUCAGAGCAUGGACGUCACCCCCACCUAUACCAAAGAUGGAGCUGACGAGGCAGAAUCAAACGAUGGGAAAGUUCUGAAACCGAAGCCAUCUAAGCUGGCAAAGAGAAUCGCGAACUCGGCGGGUUAUGUGGGUGACCGAUUCAAAUGUGUCACCACUGAACUGUAUGCAGAUUCCAGUCAGCUCAGCCGAGAGCAGCGGGCAUUGCAGAUGGAAGGAUUACAAGAGGACAGUAUUUUAUGUCUACCCGCUGCUUACUGUGAGCGUGCAAUGAUGCGCUUCUCAGAGUUGGAGAUGAAAGAGAGAGAAGGUGGCCACACAGCAACCAAAGACUCCGAGGUGUGCAAAUUCAACCCAGCCGACUGGGAAAGGUUGAAAGGAAGUCAGGACAAAAAGCCAAAGUCAGUCGCCCUGGAGGAGGCCACUGCUGAGCAGAAUGACAGUGAGAGAUGCGAGUAUAAUACUGGAAACAAACAUGAUCCCUUUGAAGCCCCAGAGGACAAAGAUCUUCCGGUGGAGAAAUUUUUUAUGGAGAGGCCGCCUGUGAGCGAGCCACCCAUCGAUCAGGCAGCUGCAGAUGUGCAACACAGCCCCACCCUCAGGCUAGACCGGAAACGCAAAAUCUCAGGUGACAGCACCCACACUGAGACCACUGUGGAAGACCCAUCAGAGGACCCCCUGCUGAAAGCCAAGAGGAGACGGGUCUCGAAAGAUGACUGGCCUGAGAGGGAAAUGACAAACAGUUCCUCUAACCACUUAGAAGACCCACAUUAUAGUGAGCUGACCAACCUGAAGGUGUGCAUUGAAUUAACAGGGCUCCAUCCAAAAAAGCAACGCCACUUGCUGCACCUUAGAGAACGGUGGGAACAGCAGGUAUCCGCAGCAGAGAGCAAACCUGGCCGCCAAAGCAGGAAGGAAGUGACCCAGGCAGUUCAGCCUGAGGUCACAACCCAGGGGAAUAACAUCACUGAAGAGAAACCUGGCAGGAAAAAGACAGAGACCAAAGGCAACAGAGGCUGGUCAGAAGAGUCCCUCAAAUCCAGUGACAAUGAACAAGGCUUGCCUGUGUUCUCCGGCUCUCCGCCCAUGAAGAGCCUUUCAUCCACCAAUGCAAGCGGCAAAAAGCAGACUCAGCCAAGCUGCACGCCAGCCUCCAGGCUGCCUGCCAAACAGCAGAAAAUUAAAGAAAGCCAGAAGACAGAUGCGCUGUGCACAGACGAAGAGGAGGACUGCCAGGCCGCCUCCCUGCUGCAGAAAUACACCGACAACAGCGAGAAGCCAUCCGGGAAGAGACUGUGCAAAACCAAGCACUUGAUACCUCAGGAGCCCAGGCGGGCUUUGCCACUCACCGGGGAGUACUACGUGGAGAACACUGAUGGCAAGGUGACUGUGCGGAGAUUCAGAAAGCGGCCUGAGCCCAGUAUAGACUACGAUUUGUCACCAGCCAAGCAGGAGCCAAAGCCUUUCGACCGUUUGCAACAAUUGCUCCCAGCCUCCCAGGCCACACAGCUGCCACGCUCAAGUUCCCCUCAGGAGACCACCCAGUCUCGCCCCAUGCCGCCGGAAGCCAGAAGACUUAUUGUCAAUAAGAACGCUGGUGAGACCCUCCUGCAGCGGGCAGCCCGGCUAGGCUAUGAGGAAGUGGUCUUGUACUGCCUGGAGAAUAAGAUUUGUGAUGUGAAUCAUCGUGACAAUGCAGGCUACUGUGCCCUGCAUGAAGCUUGUGCCAGGGGUUGGCUCAAUAUCGUUCGCCACCUCCUUGAAUAUGGCGCUGAUGUCAACUGCAGUGCUCAGGAUGGAACCAGGCCUCUGCACGAUGCCGUAGAGAAUGAUCACUUGGAGAUUGUCCGCCUGCUUCUUUCUUAUGGUGCUGACCCUACUUUGGCCACAUACUCAGGUAGAACCAUCAUGAAAAUGACUCACAGUGAACUUAUGGAAAAGUUUUUAACAGAUUAUUUAAAUGAUUUACAGGGUCGCAGUGACGAUGACUCCAGUAGCACUUGGGAGUUCUAUGGCAGCUCUGUGUGUGAACCAGAUGAUGAAAGUGGGUAUGAUGUUCUGGCAAAUCCCCCAGGACCGGAAGACCAGGAUGAGGAGGAAGACUCCUACAGUGAUGUGUUUGAAUUUGAGUUUUCCGAAAGCUCCCUCUUAGCAUGUUACAACAUCCAAGUGUCUGUCGCUCAGGGGCCACGAAACUGGCUACUGCUCUCAGAUGUGCUUAAAAAGUUGAAAAUGUCCUCCCGCAUAUUCCGCUGCAAUUUUCCCAAUAUGGAAAUUGUUACCAUCGCAGAGGCAGAGUUUUACCGGCAGGUUUCUGCAAGUCUCUUAUUCUCUUGCCCCAAAGACCUGGAAGCCUUCAACCCUGAAAGCAAGGAGCUGUUGGAUCUCGUGGAAUUCACCAAUGAGCUCCAGACACUGCUGGGUUCCACCAUGGAGUGGCUACACCCCAGUGAUAUGGGCUCGGAGGCUUACUGGUGAGCACGCCAGGCCUGCCCCGCCGUGUACAGUGUGUUAUAGUGUUAAUCCUUGUGCAUAUGUGUCAUAACGCGACGAUUUCUGUAAAGAAAGGACACUAUUACAUAUGAAAAUAUCUCUUCUUUAUAUAAGAGAAAUUACUCCAGUCAGAAGAAUUUAGAAACCUUUUCUUUCUAAACUUUUAAGUCAGUUUUUAUAAACUUGUUAAAACAUUACUUUACAAUGCACACAUGUUUUCAGAUACGUAUGUUUGUUUUUACUUGGAACAUUUGUUUCUUUUCAGUUCUUCUUUUAAGGAGAAAUAAAUGAAAAGGAGCUCCACACUUCAACAUAAUUUCAUACAAAGCUCUGGUGAGAGAGACCAUAACUGUGUAAUGUAUGGUCAAAACUGUGUGGUUGGUUUAAGAAUGAAUUGGGUGAAGGCACUUGGUGGUGUACCUUUAUGUUUUGUUUACAGAGUACCUGCUCACACCAGGUAAAUGCUAUUGGAUAUAAUCCAGUAGUGUGUAAUAUACAUUGAAACCAUAUCCACACACAACAACUAAUUGUAUGAAACUUUUGUAUCCUAAUUUAAAAGCUGUGAAAUUAGUUUUCACGCAUCAAACCGGAUUGUUUAUAUGUUUAAACAUUUUAUGCUCUUAUUUAAAGAAGACUUUGAGCUAUUUUUUUCUGUACCCUGUAAAAUAUUGAAAACUAACAUAAUAUGUUGAAGUUGCUUGAAAAUGUACAUACAACUAAAAUUUUCUGAUUGUGUGUUUAUGUUUGAGAUCUGUGUUUUAACUUUGUAAGUAAAUCUCUGCCUUUGUAUUUAUAUUUUACAAAAAUUUUCUUAAAAGGCAAUAAACCUGUUGAGGAAAGGAGUAAAUUGAAA